GUUGCUGUGAAAUGGAGGCGAGCCUCGAAGAGUUGCACGCACGUGUGGUAGACAUUUUGUUUCUUGCGCUUACUGCGCCUAAAAACGUAACUCAAAAAGAAAAAUAAUGGGAGAUCACAGUUCAGAUGAAGAAUGGUCUGAUGUAGAAGAUAACGAAGGUAUUGAAGUCUGUGAAACACUGUGUAUUUUUUGCCAAGAUAGAUUCCACAGUCAAAUGCAUGCUUAGGCCACAUGAAGGAUGUCCACCAGUUUGAUGUGAUUGGUUUUUGCAAGUCCAAUGAUGUUGAUUUUUAUGGCUUCAUUCGAUUGAUAAAUUUCAUCAGGGCAAAAGGAAUCAGUCAAAUUGAAAUAAAGAGCGUGAAGAAGUCAGAUUUUGAAGACGAUCAGUUUCUUAAACCCGUUGUCGUAGACGAUGGGUUGUUACAAGUUGAUUUUGAGGGACUGAUUGAAAGCUGCGGUGGGUUCUCCUUACAAGGAUCUCAGAAUGGUUUUCAUGGUGAAGAUGAUGAGAAGCGAGGUUUGCUAGAGAAACUGAGGGAUACAGAAAGAAGAGCUGCUUUGGCAGAAGACAACCUUGCAAGAGCAGUAAGUGACAUGGAAAGUUGCAAAAAGGAGAUGCAAAGAUUGUUGUUAAUCACGCAUCCAGAGAGCUCUGCAGACACAGUUGCGGGUGGUAAACCAGAAGGUGGAAAUGCUUAUUUUGAAUCCUAUGCGCACCAUGGCAUCCAUGAAGAAAUGCUUAAAGAUAAGGUGAGAACAGAGGCAUACAGAGAUUUUAUUCUGUCAAAUUCAGGUGUUUUCAAAGAUAAAGUUAUUCUAGAUGUUGGUUGCGGCACAGGUAUUUUGUCAAUGUUUGCAGCAAAAGCAGGAGCAAAACUUGUCAUUGCAGUUGAUCAAUCAGACAUUGCUUACCAAGCAAUGGACAUUAUCAGAGAAAAUAACCUUGAUGACAUCAUCAAAGUAAUCAAAGGCAAUGCAGAGAAGAUUGUAUUACCAUCUGGUGUUACAAAAGUUGAUGUGAUCAUAUCAGAGUGGAUGGGUUACUUUUUGCUAUUUGAGAGCAUGUUAGACUCAGUUUUGCGAUGUAGGGAUAAGUACCUGUGCGAUGGAGGUCUUGUUUACCCAGAUCAAUGUGGUAUGUUUCUUACUGCUAUUGCUGAUGAAGAGCUUUGGGAUGCUAAGAUCAAGUUCUGGGACAGUGUAUAUGGUCACAAAAUGUCUUGCAUGAAGGUGUAUGCUGUGGAUGAGCCUUUAAUUGAGGUUGUUAAGGAAAGUGCUGUGAUUUCAAAUCCUGUUAAAAUUGCCCAUUUUGAUGUUUUAACAGUCAAGGUUGAACAUCUAGAAUUUGAAACUUCUUUCAAACUGGAAAUUACUAAAGACAGUCAUUGCACUGGUUUGGUUGGUUUCUUUGAUAUCGGUUUCAUUAAAAAUACACAAAAUCCAGUCCAUUUUAGUACAGGAUGUGAUGUACCACCAACCCAUUGGAAGCAAACUUUGUUUUUGUUUGAGAAGAAGAUUGCGGUUUUGGCUGGGGAAACACUAGGUGGGACAAUUUCUUGUAAGAGAGACCCAAAGGACAAGAGAGCAUUGCUUAUAGACCUAAGGAUUUGCAAAGAAAAUGUAGAUUUGGUAAAGCAAAGGUAUUCAUUAAUCUGAAAGAUUUAUUGUUCACAUUUUGGGAAUUAUGCACAAUGAUCUCAUUCUUUCAACAUUUGGUUUCUGUGGCUGAUUAAAAUUUCAAAUGACAAAAAAUUACUGAUCUAAUCUAUGGAAGUCAGGUAAAUGAAAUUGACAUGAUAUAUUCUUAUGGAUUGCAACAAGAUGAUCAUGAAGAUAUCAAAUUGCCUAUAAUACAUAUGAAAGUUUUUGAUUUAAUUUUUGAUUAUGUUUUCAAUUCAAUCACUGGUUAAAUUGCAAGAAAAUAAAGCAUG